CCCACCUCAGGAAAAUGGGAGCCGUUAAUCCUCGGCGGUGAUCCUCCCAGGGAGAGCGGGAUGGACGGCUUGGUGGAGCAGAGGAGCGUCCUUAAGCAGGGCAAGGCUGGGGCGGCCAAGAAGAGGAACGGGCUGAUCAACACGAGGAACCUGGUGGCGGAGGGCAGGGAAGGGCUGCUCUCCGUGUACGCGGCGCCUCAGUACCCGAGCCGGCCGGCGGGGACGCUCUGCUCCCCGAGCUGCGCCAGGAAGGAGCCGGUUCAGCAGCUGCUGGACCCCAGUGCGCUCCCGCAGGCAGUGGAGCCCUGCUAUCACCCGGACCUCAUCCUCUACUCGGAGCGCAUGCUGCGGUCCUGCGGGGACAGUGUGAGCACCGAGUGCUGCGAGACGACCUUCAUCGAGGACCGGGCAGCCCCCAGGGACAGCCUGGAGUACUACGACGGCAAAUUUGUCAGCCUGUCCACGGAGGAGAUCAAGAUCCACGCCCCGUACAAUGUGGAGGAAGAGGACAACUUGCAGGAGUUUGAGAGCGACUAUUCCAGCGACACGGACAGUGAGGACCACUUCCUCAUGAUGCCGCCCCGGGACCACCUGGGACUCAGCGUCUUCUCCAUGCUCUGUUGCUUCUGGCCGCUGGGGAUCGCCGCCUUCUAUCUGUCACACGAGACAAACAAAGCCAUCGCCAAAGGGGACUUCCACCAUGCGAGCGCCAGUUCGCGGCGGGCGCUCUUCCUGGCGGUGUUGGCCAUCACCAUCGGCACCGGCAUCUACGUGGGGGUGGCAGUGGCGCUGAUCGCCUACCUGUCCAAAAACAACCACUUAUGA